UAAAUUUUAGAAGUUAAAACCAUAAUUUACUGGAUGUAACCAUAUGUCAUGAUUCAAAUUCAAUAUGAGUUGUGAUUUACUGAGAAAUUUUGAGCAGAUAUUUCACAGCUGGACGACCAUCUGGAGGAACGACGAGGACAGCAGCGAAAGAUCAUGUCGAAGCGCGAGGACAAGAAGGAGGCGGGCGAGGACGUGGAGCUGGAGGGUGCCGAGACCCUCCUGGCGAGGCUACGUCGUCAGUAUCGCAUGAUGGAGAGGAACAGACGACAAUAUCACGACGAGGCCACUGUUCUCCUGGGUCGACAGAGGAAGAUACUACGUGAUCUGCAGAAGGAAAAGGGGGAGCUGGAGGGACUUUUGUCCGCCAUGGCCACCUCCCAGAACGAGACGCGAGACAACAAAACCGUGACCACUUUGGCCAGCACCCUAGACCGCCAGGCCAAGUACAAUGAGCUCAUAGACCAAGAAAAGGACAAGAUCAAAGAUUUGGACACAAGCAUCGCGGCGGCAGAGAAGCGCCUACGUGAGAGUCGACGUCGAGUACCAUCCGCCAGGCAGCUGGAGUCACGCAGGAUGGUUGCCAUCAACGCUAACAAGGCUCUCCAGAACCGCAUCCAACAGGCUACGGUGCGGCUGAACGCGGUGUUGGCAGACAACCGCGUCUUGAGGUCCACCUUGGAGAAUCUACUGAAGGAACGAGACAAGUUUAUGCUGCAGGCCCAGCGGUUGGAGAAACAACUGGCGGCGACGGUCAAGAGGAAAAGCGACAUUAUGGAUCAGGUCACUAAGGCUUAUUCAGAGAGGGACGAGGCACAGACCAAGAUGCGUGCCCUGAAGGAGAGAGCUGAGAGGGAUUCCCAGCAGUACACGCACGAGCUGAAGAAGUUACAGCGAGCCCUCGACCACCAGAACCACCUCAGGGCCUUCGUCGCCACCAUCUCUGCCGGCGAGGACGAAGAUGCCAGUCACCAGCGUCUUGAAGGUGAGGGGGGUGAGCCACGGGGACCAGAACAGACACUGGCCACGUACAGAGCUUCCGUGGCCCACCUGAGUGAGAUGAGUGGUGAGGGCUCAGUGGACACCUUGGUCAGUAAUUACCUGCAAGCCGAGAAUGACAACUAUACUCUGUUUACCUACAUAUCCGACUUGAACAAUGAGGUCACCAGCUUGACGGCGGAGGUUCGUCGUAUCCGUCAACAGAUUGAAGAGACGCGAGGGAAAGGCGCCGAUAAGGAACGGAACUCACAACGUACUGUCUCUCAGCUACAGACGGAGGUGAGAGAGACGGAGGAAGCCUUGGAGAUUUUAGAAGGAGACCUGAGGAGGGCAGAAGACACCCUGACGGAGAUGAAGACGGCCACCCAAGAACUGUUCGACCUUCUGCAGUGUGACGCUCAACCCAUAAUAGCUAUCGUGGGUGGGGGAGAGAUCACCAGCGCCAGUGUGUCAGUCUAUCUGUCAGUAGUGGAGCAGCGUGUCCAUGAACUAUUGCAGCUACGUCAGUUCCUGCUGACGGAGGACCUCUCACCUGGGGCUGCCGCGGCGCUCGGGGAGGACGCCGCCGCCCGCGAUGACGUCAGCGAGGGACGGUCGUCGUCAGCGUCGUCUGCCAAAGUGGUGGUGCCUCUUGGGAAGCCUCAGCUGACCCACACGGCUCACACCAACGACGAGGAGUCAGCCAACGGAGGUCCUCUGACACACGGUGACUUGCUGGCUAACAUGAGGCGGUUCAUCCCUGAUACUGGCGACCACUAACCGUGUACUGUACGUCAUCCCUUGUACGUCAACCACCCAUGUAUGUCAACCCAACCAUGUACGUCAACCACCCAUGUAUGUCAACCCAACCAUGUACGUCAACCACCCAUGUAUGUCAACCCACCCAUGUACGUCAACCACCCAUGUAUGUCAACCCACCCAUGUAUGUCAGCCCACACUCAUGUAUACACACACACACACACAUACGUCACCUAGCGAGAACGUAGAUGUAUAUUUUCACAGCUAUAUGAGAACUGACAGGGGUGUGGUACUGGUAGUGUAAGUGUUGCAUCAAGCCUCUUCUUGCAAUAGUGUUUUUGGUGAUGGUAAGGCUGUACAGUACAACCACCACGUAAACAGCUCACCCGAAUUUCACGCUGAGUGGCUGGCCUCAGUAACGUGGGGACUUGUAAACACACUUGAGUUACCGUGAGUGACCUACCUGGUAUGCAUAUAGUACACAGGUGCGAGGUCUACUGAAGUAUACUGUAGGACUGUACUAUAUGGUAUACUGUGUCAUAUGUAGGUUGAUAUUGGAAAUAUCUUGUAAAUAAAUAUAUGUUAUAAUUGGUACAUACACAAGUUGUACUAUAUUUUGGAAGCAUGUGUUAAUUUUUAGUAUAUAGGUAAGUUGUAUUGUACUUAAGAAACAGAUACAGUAUUUUAUAAUUAUGACACAAUGUACAUGUUACUUUAUAUAUAUAUAUAUAUAUGUGUUAAGUUAUUUUAUAUUUCUUUACUUUGACAAUAAUUUAACCGACCACGGAUAACAAGGACGUCUGUCUGUAUUUUGUUAACAUAUUCUUUCGUGGUGUUGUACUUUGAAACAACUUUGAGAUAUUGUC